GCAAGGCAAUUGACAGUUGGACUCUUCAGAUAAGUCAGAACUGUGUAUAACAGAUCGUUGUCCUUGAAGUAUUGGGGAAGACAAAGCUUUGUCGUAAUCGAAAGUUCGCUUCGAGUUUCAUGCGAGUCAUUUGCAGGCUUCAUUGAAGUGCAACUUCACCCUGACGGACGAGUGACCCAAGCUGCCAACAGAAGCCAGGACCAUGUAUGUGCUAUUUUCAUCUUAGCCCAUUUCUUUGCGAGCAAUGCCAAGUAAUCCAACACCCCACUAUCAAGGCUGUGAAGAGAGAAACGUGAGAUGACAAGAGGUUGACACCAUCCAAAGGUCGGCUUCCCUUGCGGAGAUCAUUGGCAGGUGAGCCGCACGACUAGCCACGUUCUCCCACCCCGUCAAGAUGCAGUCAAUGAGAGUUUAGUCCAAUCUUAGUGACAUUUCCGUUAUCUUGCCGAUAUGAUCGGUAGAUUGAGCUGGCCAUGGCCAGAAGUUGAAGGUUAUGAUAUAAGAAGACCAGCUUCCGGUCGUUUCCUCUCACCACCAAGCGAUCUUCUUCGACUCCUUGUCAUACCACACUCUUUUUACUUCGCCCGCCUUCGCUGCUUUAACUAGUAGUGAUCAACACCAUGCAGCUCUUCAACAUUCUUUCCCUCUUGGCUACUGCAGCAAGCAUCAAUGCCUCGCCUGUAGCACUUCAAUCAAGAGCAGUGGUUCCCCAUGAUUCGCUGUGGCCACUGGCGGAGAGUCUUCCUAGCGGAGCCAUUGGCAAUGCUAUCAGAAGAUUUGAGCCUUAUCUACACAUUGCCCAUGGUUGCCAGGUGAUGACUGCUGUCAAUGCUAAGGGAGAUACGAGUGGUGGGCUUGACGAUACUGGAAACCCUUCAGCUGGGUGCAGAUAUACAGAUCGUCAGCAGACUUAUGUCAGAACUGCUUGGUAUAAUGGACGAUUUGCGAUCAUGUAUGCGUGGUACUGGCCAAAAGAUCAGCCCGCAGCAGGAGAUGUUGUCAGCGGUCACCGCCACGAGUGGGAGAGCACCGUCGUCUGGCUCAACAACCCCGCCGUUGCAAACCCAACACUGAUUGGUGCAGCGGCGUCCGGACACGGUGGAUAUAAGAAGUCGACCAACCCAUUGAGAAAGGGAGAUCGCAUCAAGGUCGAAUACUACACCGAAUUCCCCAGAAAUCAUGAGUUGCAAUUCACGAAUACCGAGGGAUUGGGAUUCUGGAAGAUUGACUGGGAAAGUCUACCUGGACCAGCCAGAACUGCUCUUCAGAACACAGAUUUUGGCAUGGCGAAUGUGCCGUUCAAGGAUGCUAACUUCGUGAAUAACCUUGAAAAGGCUUGGGUAUAA